UAUUUAUUUUUCAAAAAAGCAUGCCAGUAAUAUCAGUAAAUCGUUCGAAGUUAUUUGAACUCAUGGGGAGGAAUUAUACCGAUAAAGAGUUUUCUGAACUAUUAUUUGAUUAUGGUUUAGAACUUGAUGAAAUUACAUCAGAUAUAGAAAUACAAUUAAAGGAAAAAGGUGUGCUCACCGAUAAUAUGACAAUUAAAAAGGAUGAUGUUUUAUAUAAAAUUGAAACGCCUGCUAAUAGAUAUGAUCUGUUGUGCUUAGAAGGAUUGGUAUAUUCAUUAUUAGUAUACAUACAAAAAAUAUCUAUACCUAGAAUUUUUGCCAGAGAUCCAGGUAUUAAUAAAGAAGAAAGAAUAUACAUAACCAAAAAUACAAAGUUAAUUAGACCAUACAUUGUAUGUGCAAUAUUGAGAAAUUUUCAAUUUACAAAUAGGGUAAUUUAUAAUAACUUAUAUUUUAAAUAUUGUUUAAUUGUUAAGGAAUGCUAUUUAAGCUUUAUAGAUUAUCAAGAUAGAUUGCAUCAAACAAUAGCUCGCAAGAGAACUUUAGUCUCUAUUGGCACUCACGAUUAUGACAUGGUUAAAGGUCCGUUUACUUACGAUGCCAAAAGCCCUGAAAAAAUUGAGUUUGUACCCCUAAACCAGACCAAGUCCUACAAAGCUAGCGAAUUGAUGGAACUCUACAAUAAAGAGAGCCAUUUGAGGCCAUACCUGAAUAUAAUUAAGGAUAGUCCACUGUACCCCGUGGUACUGGAUUACAAUGGCGUUGUUCUCUCUUUACCACCUAUCAUUAAUAGUGAUCAUUCCAAAAUUACUUUAGACACAAAAAAUAUCUUCAUAGAAUGCACGGCUACAGAUUUACACAAAGCUAAAAUAGUGGUAGAGAGUUUAUCGGGAAUAUUCAGCAAAUACUGCGCGAAACCUUACGAAGUCGAAAUAGUUCAAGUGAUAGAUUCGGAUUCCAAUUCAAGAUUCAAAUUUCCGGAAUUCGUAUAUAGGAAAGAAACUUUAUCAGUCAAGGAAACUAAUAAGAUUAUAGGAAUCAAUUGCGAUGCCCCUGCUGUGAAUCAAUAUUUGACGAAGAUGGGUUAUUUCGUGUCACCUAGUGAAAGCGGCAACGAUAGCGUGCACCUUGAAGUAUCCCCGUUAAGAAGCGAUGUUUUACACGUGAGAGAUAUCAUGGAGGAUGUUGGCGUGGCCUAUGGAUUCAAUAACAUCCCACACAGAUAUCCUCAAACUUGUACUAUUGCUAAUCAGUUGCCUAUCAAUAAAUUGACCGAAAUCUUGAGGGACGAAAUCGUUGCCAUGGGUUACACUGAGGUUUUGACAUUCAGUUUGUGUUCAAAGGAUGACGUUUAUAGGAAAAUGCGCAAAUGCGAAAGUCUAUCUGAUGCCUGCGUUAUAUCGAAUCCAAAAACGAUUGAUUUCGAAGUUGUUAGAACGUCACUCAUUCCAGGAAUUCUUAAGGUUAUCUCUUCAAGCAAAAACAUUCCGCUUCCUUUAAAGUUAUUUGAAAUAUCUGACGUCGUUUUCAAGGAUGAUAAUUUCGAUGUAGGAGCACGUAAUCAACGCAAUGCUUGCAUAGUACGCUACUCUAAAACUGGAGGAGCGGGGUUCGAAGUGGUUCACGGAAUAGUAGACAGAAUACUACAAAUCGUCGGAUGUCAUCAUGUUUUAGACGAAACGUCUUGUGAAAUUAACGGUGACAAAAAGACCGAAAACAGUGCAAGUCACGUGUGCGAAAAGGAUGAAAAUCACGGAGAAGAAAAGAUUAGGGCAUAUUUCAUCCGUGAAGGAACUAAUCCUACAUAUUUUGAUGGCCGUUGUGCUUCCGUGUAUCUUUACAAUUACUCCAAUCCUGAAUCGCAUUUUUUCCUCGGAAAUUUUGGCAUCAUCCAUCCAGAGGUUGUCAAAAACUUUGACCUUACGCUUCCGUGUUCAGCUCUGGAAAUUAAUAUUGACCUUUUAAUAUCCUAUUGUUAUGAAUAACUGAAAGGAUUACAUUUUAUACUUCCAAAUUUUUGGAUAACAAAUUUAAUAAUAAAAGAGG